UUGCUUCCCCAUUUCUCUAUCUCCAUCGUCUUCUUCACUUCUCACUGUCACAAGCAUCCAAGCAGGGCAGUAUAAAUUGUAUAAUAAUCAUAAUCCUGUGUGUCUCCACCAUUUUCUUCUUCUCUUCCCUAACUUAUAAGAAAGUAUGAUUAUCAAGCUGUAACUGUUACAUAUUUCAGUUGGACAUUUUGGGAUCCGGAAGUUUCUGUGCUUUAAUCUCUGGUUUAGGGAGUAACCGGAAAAAUGGCGGCUGAUAUCGAUCAUCAUCACCAUCAUGACCAGAGCUACUGCAGCAACAACUGGCCAAAGUCUGAGAUGCCAUCAGAGACCGAACAGCCUCAGGUUUUAUCCAUCUCUGAUAUUUUGGAUAAUGGUUCAAUAUCGUUUGGAAGAUUUGCUGCGGAGUCACUUGCAUGGGAAAAGUGGUCGGUUUUCUCCCACAACAGAUGUCAAGAAGAGCUGGAGAAGUUCAAGGCCGCUGGAUUUGUCGCUCAAAAGAAGGCAUACUUUGAAGAAUAUUACAAAAGAGUUAGAACUAUGAAGGCAUUACAAGCGGAGCAGCGACAAACUACCCAUCCCGAUUCUUUCCGAGUUGCAAUAAAUAACUCCACACAAGUGGAAAAUGCUGUUGAUACUGACUUGAUUGAAGAGGAAAAGAAACCAAUCAAUGGCAGUGAACUGAAGAUCUUAGAGUAUGAUGUGGCUGGUAACCCAGACUCAUCUGAGGCAGGCACUCUGGAUAGAUCAAAAGAAACUAUCAAAGAAGAAUCAAGUUUCUGUGAUAGUGACAAUGACAAGGCUAGCACGGCAGGUGAAACUAGUAUCUCCUUAUCUGCCAUAGAUCCCAAACAUUCUGUAAAAGAGGCUGCCUCUUCAUCAACUUCUUCAGUCAAUAGAAGCUCCGAAACUGCCCACCAUGACUGUGCUGUCUCUGUCACAGCCAAGCACGAUGCUAACAAGCUAAAGAAACAAACACCUAUUCUAAAGGCUCAGGCGAGAGUUUCUUCUAGUGAAAACAAAACACAGUUGGACUGCAGAAUUACAAAAGGUGCCGUUAAGCCACCGGAGAAGCCGAAACUUUCUCUUCAUAAGAAGAUUAUUGGCAAGACAGAUAACAGUCAUGUUUCAAGCAAAAGGACACCUAAGACUAGAAAUAUUAAUUCAAACUACGGUUCCUCACAUAGGCAACAUACUGAAGUACGCUCUAGCACCAGUGUUCUGCACAAUUCCUUGGCAAGGGAUAGAUCAGUGACAUCUCCUAUUAGUAAAGCUGAUCAGGUAAUGGCAAAUUCAGCUUCCAAAGGGUUGUUAGACAACUUGCCUACAACGCUGCCUCUUCAUGCACGAACCUAUCAGAGCACCAUCAAGGAGACUGCUGUUACUGGUGGUUUAAGAAAGAAGGUUCUAGACGACAGGAGGAGCUUUGAUGGAGACAGUAGAAAGCCUCUAGAGCCUAGUGAAUGCCAAAUAAGACCCAAGGGUCAAGUGACUAAGAACCAGAGGCCAAAAGUCAUGUCUAUGAACCUUCCUGUUCAGAAUAGCUUACAUCAAAACAAUGGAGUUGAAUUUGGGCAAAGGAGUUAUGUCAAAGGACAACAGAAAAAGGAAGAAGAGAGAAGCAAUGCUGGACUUGGAAAAGAAUCAAAACCUGCCCCAUCUAACUUGUCCAGCAUUCACAAGACCCCAAAUCCAAAACUGGUAUCUAAGAUUUCAUUACCGCUGUCUGCAGACCUGAGACAUGCGCGAAGAGAACCAAGUCCCAAGAUGCCAAGUUGGCGGUAAAAGUGAAACUGAAGGGGAGUCGGGAAUUAUCAUAGCCCACUGAAUUUUCGGUAAGUCUAUGCCAUCGAAGUUAUCUGCACACAGGCACAAAUUUCAGGCAACAAGUUGCAAACAGGCAUGAAUUUCAGAUGCAAAAAAAUUGCAAGAACUCGAAAUGAGAGGCUGAAGAGGGGUAUAAUUCAAGCAUCUGAGAUACUUAUGUCUAGAAGUGGAUACAAAAAUGUAAUCUUUACUCUUUAGAGCUUCAAAAUAUGUGACCAAGUAGUUAUAACCUUAUUGGAUAGAAGAUUCAUUCUUGUUUGGAUCAGUAUCCAAUGCUGUCAUCGACUUAAGACUAUGGACCUAAAGUUUUAGAAUGUUGAUUCUUAUUCCAAAAAAGAGGCCACAAGCAUGCCUAAGCUUUUGGAAGCCGCUUAUCAUGGAAAUUUACAGAAAGGAUCCAUGUUAAAGAGUUUAUCCAA